ACUUUCCUCUCUGGACUUUGUUGGUGUGUAACGUAUACAUAUAUACAUAUACAUCAAUCAGUGUCUCUAUAAUCCAAAAUUCAUCAAAUGAUAUAUUAAAAAGGCAUCACUUUCUGGAUUUUUUGUGGGUGUUGUUCCAAGUUAGAGAAAGGGAAAGCAAAUAGACGCCUUACUCCUCUAAUCCAUUUUACCCACUUCUGUUCCUUUUGGUUUUUCUCUCUCUAGAGGCUUAAAGCAGGAUUCUUUCACAAGCUUGAUUUUCUCAACAUAUAACUACCAGCUAAAAGUACGUGCUUCACUGAUAACUCAUCAGCAAAGUUGCCAACUGCUCCUAGGACAUCAACUUAUAUUUGGCUAUGGCAACUAAUGAAAAUCUGCCACCAAACGUGAUAAAACAAUUGGCGAAGGAAUUGAAAAAUCUUGAUGAUUCCCCUCCUGAGGGCAUCAAAGUAGGUGUAAAUGAUGAUGAUUUUUCAACCAUAUUUGCUGAUAUUGAGGGUCCAGCUGGGACUCCUUAUGAGAAUGGGGUAUUCCGCAUGAAGUUGAUUUUGACACAUGAUUUCCCUCAUUCCCCACCCAAAGGUUAUUUUCUGACCAAGAUUUUUCAUCCCAACAUUGCUUCCAAUGGCGAGAUUUGUGUAAAUGCUUUGAAAAAAGAUUGGAGUCCUAGUUUGGGCCUACGACAUGUUCUCAUGGUGGUAAGAUGUUUACUAAUCGAGCCAUUUCCAGAAUCUGCGCUAAAUGAGCAAGCCGGCAAGAUGCUUCUUGAUAAUUAUGAUGAGUAUGCUAGACAUGCAAGGCUUUAUACCAGUAUUCAUGCUAAACCAAAGACUAAGUUAAAAACAGGAGCUAUUUCCGAGUCAACGACAGCCCUAAAUGUUGGCCAGACACAUACUUCACUGUGUAACGUUGAUCAGAAGACUCUGGUAUCUGGAGUCGCACCUCUCCAACAGCCUUCUCCGUUGGCCCCUACAGCUAACAUUGUAAAAGGAGGAAACAAUAUAGACCAGCCACUAACUGCGGACACAGCGGUUAGUGGGUCAGCAGCACCACCAUCACUGACUAUGAAGAAGGAAGCUGGGUUGGCUAAACUCCCUGCAGACAAAAAGAAGAUCGACGCGAGAAAGAAAAGCUUGAAGAGAUUAUAAACUUGUUUUUGGAUGGAUUAUAUGACUAAAUCCUUUGUUCUUUAUUGCUUUUGUUUGAUAGAUGGGAGAAACAAUCCUGCAGAAUUGAAUUUGUAUUAUGCCCUGAUAAAUGAAAUUGAUAAUUUCAGUUGUUUCUU